GAUCCUAUUUAGCAAGAAUGACAAAGCAAACAAAGUAAAUACAAAACAUUUAAAGGUCCCUGUUUUUGUUUUUUUAAAGAAAGAAGGAAGAACAUGCAGCAUUCAGUGGAGUAAACAGGAAAUAAAUCUGCCAUUUUACAUAGUUCCAGGCAUUCUUGGAUUCAGAGCUGCACAUCUCAGUAUCUCACAUAUGCUUUUUUGCUAACUUCACUGAAGAGAAGUGGGAUUUGUCAAGUUUAAAUGAACAGAUGGAUCAGACUUGUUUCAUUAAGUUUAACCCUCGCUCCUCAGCUCCUGGUAUGCCUGGGUAUUGUCCCCAUCCUCUUAGGGAUGAUGUGACCCUUCUGGAUCCAUGCUCAGGCUUUGUAAGUGCAGGGGCAGAUGCACAGUUAAGGCCUGGGACUGGUAAAUCAAUCCCUAGCUUAGUGGAUCAGAGUGACGUGAAGCCCCAGAACACAGAUCCAUGGGAGCAGAACAAAAGAAUGCAGCGGGUAAUGACAGCACCACCUACUAGAUAUGUACCAUCACAUCUCCAACGUAUGUCUACCAAGGACACUACACAAGCAACCAUUGGCUACAAUGAUUUCAUUUACAGAGGAGGGAUGAAGUGGAAUUCUGUAGCCAGAUCUGACACUGCGCUCAGGGCAAAUCUUGGAGGCUGGACAAGCAAAUCUAAAUUGUCUCCUUGUAUGAUCCGUGUACCCAAUACAUCUUUAACCCAGACAUUUAUAUUUAAGCUUUCCAAGGGACCUUCAAACACAUAUGAAAAAGAAGAAAUGGCAAAGCACUUUAUGUAUUCUACAUCUACACAAAGGGCUUUUGAGGAAGUACCAUGGGACUUAAAACUGCCUCCCAAGCUCCCGCUUCCCACGUCAGUAUUAGAUAAUCAAAUGCCAAAGGACUUCUCACUCAAGAGCAAUGAGGAACCGACAGAAGACUGGCGGUUAAAAGGAGGAAUGUGGGACAGAGUACAGAAAAGAAGAUCUGAAAUAGUUAACAGACCUGUUACAUUGGCGAGCCGCGUCAUAGCCUCCACCAUUCCACAAAUCCAGCAUUAAGAUCUCCACAUUCUAGUUUAUAUACUUUGCUAAAUGUAAUGCUAAUUCAUAGCUGAAAUCUCAACAAUAAACAGCCAGUUACUUCUAAAUUGGUUUUCCAUAAUGUAUUCUCGUUUCCACAAGGGAAAAAUCAUUUGUAAUGUAUAUAAUAUGCUAUCAUUUCUUCAUGACGACUGGUGCUCAUCAGGAGUAAAACACUAAGCCAUUCUGUAUACACAUAUCAAAAUGUAUGUACACUGUUUUAUUGAACAAACUUCAAAAUAACCUUUGUAUACUUCAUGUACACGUUAUACAAAACAUUAAAUAAUAAAUAACAGAAAAACUGUAAAAAUAUACAAACAAAUCUGAACUACUUUCUCUGAAAGAAUAUGGUUAUUUAACCUCUUAACGACCACAACAUACCCUGUACAAGAAGAUUGUGAGUUACUGGGGUAGGGGGGGGGGAAUGGUCAUGUAAUGAAACGGUCACUCUAAUGUUUGCUAGUAUUACAAGUUGUAAGCAAUGUGACCGAGGAGGAGUAUCAGGCCCAAAGGCAACCAUUCAACCCUUCAUUGGUUUUAAUUUGCUUUAAUUUACCAAAGUGUAUAUAUUAUAUACAUAUAAAUAGUGUGUGUGAAUGUGUGUAUAAAACAGUAUUAAUUGUGAGUGGGGUGGAAGUAGGAGUUGACCCCUGCAUAUAAUUUACUAUGUUGAUGCAUUGUUAACUUUGGCAUAUCAAUUUUGCAUUUAAUUUGACGCGGAAUUACAGCAUAUUCACAGUUGAAGCAUAGAUAAAUUGACCCCUAAGUGUCCAUAAACCAAUAGGUUGCCAUGUUGUAAACUAGGUUUCCUGUUGAGGCCAAAUAACUCCUUCACUGCUAAGCCUUUUUCACACCCCUGUACUAAGCUGAAUUUAAGCUUUUUUUUACUGCUUACAUUAAAACACUAUAUUGUAAGUUACAUUUCAGUGAGUGGCCAACACAAAUGACAUAUCUAUUUUUUUAUUUUUCAGCAGGACCAACAGAUUCUAAAUAUACAAUUAUUUUAUUUAUAUAUAAAAACGUUAGAACAAAAAAUAUAUUUUUGUCAUGAUUUUAAUAAAUAAUAUUGGAAAUUGCCAUGUGAUCACUGUUGCUACUGUGAUUGCAAUACUAAAUUGUUAUCAGUCAUAUUUAAAGUUGCAUGAAGGAUCUAUACUGGCUUUUGGGGGUUGUAAUAAAAAAUACAUGGGCCCCGUGUGCCAGAGUAGAAAUAAAAACACUUUUGUGUACA